AUGCUCGUUUGUGAGCACCCGAGCACCAGCACCAGUAGCAGUAGCCGGCACCAGGACUACGCGUACCAGGCGGUCGCCCCGCCGUCGCAAGCACCGCACCAGCAGCAACAGCAGCAGCAGCAGCAGCAGCUGGACUUGGCGCUCGAAGGCCGGUCCAUCCUCCUGCAGCAGCGCGCCCCCUCGCACCCGUGCACGCCGCACCCGUGCUCGCCCGCGCCCGCGCACCCGCCGCAGCGCGCGUCGCCCGCCGACAACAAGACCUUCAGCCCGCUGCAACUGCAGCUCAGGAUCGACCUGCACAGCGAGCAGGGCGUCGACGUCCCCGGCAGGCUCUGCAAGGACGCCCCACCUGCACCGUCCGCGGCGCCCCUCACCCGGCGACAGCGCGCCCAGCUGCGGCGCCGCCAGGAGCAGCAGAAGCCCACCGACGAGGUGGUGUACCAGCGGCGCACGCCCAGCCGGCCCCGCACGCCCGCCACCUGCCCGCGCACCCCGCUCGCCAUGAGCACCAUGAGCAUGCCCGCCGCCGGACAGAAGUUCGCCACCGACGACGCGGCCGCCAACGUGUUCGGCUCGGCCGAGGAGACUUCGGCGGCCGUUAAGCGGCUGCUGGCCAAGAGCGGCACCAACGUCAUGGAGGAGCACCGCGUCAUCAGCAGCACCAGCUCCAAGACCACCUCGGCCAGCUCCACCAUGGACUACCUGCAGGACUCGUUCGACUUCCUGCACCAGCGCCACAUGAAAAAUCUGUCUGCGGUGAUCAGCCGCCACCAGCAACAGCAGCAACAGCAGGCACCCGGCCAGGAAGAGCAGCUGAGUGGGCAGAGCCAGACGCAGACGAGCAGCCAGCGACUCAAGAAGCAGGUGCACAUACACCAGAGCGCCUUCUAUGACGGCCAGAGUGGGCUCGGCCUCAGCGACGUCAACAACAUGCAGCAGCCCAGCACAUUCAAGUCUACCAAGACCAUCAACCUGAGCAACAACAACAGCAGCAACAGCAGCACCAGCGACCUGGAGGACGCCAAGAUGCUCCAGCAGCAGCAGAUCCAGCAGCAGCAGCAACAGAGGCGCUGCGUGCGUGAGAACUCGACAUCGAGCCUGCAGUCGCAGUCCUCCGUGUCCAGCUCGCACUCCAACAGCUUCGACAACUUCAACAACAACUUCUGCGACGCCAUGUCCCUCUCCAACAAGUCCAACACGACCAAGCAGGUGUCGUCCAAGUCGUCCACCACUUCAUCGACGUCGUCGUCGUCCUCCACCAGCGUGCAGCAGUCGUUCAGCAGCAGCAAGAAGCAGAUCAUUAAGCAGUCCUUCUCCUCCAGCUCGGUCGACUUCGAUGACCGCAUGGGGAUUGACGUGAUGCUCACGCCCUCCGGGAUGACCUCCACCCCCGGUACCCCGACGGGCGUCGUGGCGCUAUCCUCGCCCAACCUGGACCUCGCCGCUUCCAACACCAAGUCCAAGGUGAAGCAGACCACCAAGGUGACAUCCUCGGUCAUGUCCUCGUCGUCCAGCUCCGGCACCGACCAGCCCGAGGAGUGCAAGCAGAGCGUCAAGACGUUCAAGGCCAAGACGGUGAAGAAGUCGGUAUCGGACGGGCGUCAGGUGCACACUGAUGUGAACAAGCACACCGAGACGGCCGAGGAGGAGGCCGAGGGAUCCCUGGACAAGCCCGUCAUCACGUUCAGCCACGUGUCGAGCGAGGGCAGCCACCAGAGCUUCACCGACGACAUCGUGCGCUUCGACUCGUCCGCCCUGUCCUCGCCCAGCCGGUCGCGCAGCCCCAGCCCCAUGCUGGAGAUGCCCGCGCCCUACAACGACCUCUCCAAGGAGAUCAAGAGGCCCCCCAUGGAGAAGGCGUGA